AUGUUGCUGCUUUGUCUCUCAGAAGCUUCAAAGGAAGCGCGAGUGGAGAACAACAAGCUGCCUGCAUAUUCUUCGUUGGGCUUGAGUGGCUCUGCUCCAAACUUGACAACACUAACUGGACACCUGGACCCGAGCCGAUCGACUGGGGAUGGCUCUACCAGCGUAUCUCCUGUUUCUGGCGUUGUCCCCGGCGUUCAAUACCCCUUCCCCACGUUCUUAUCGUCCACAGCAGGGCCCCCCAUUUGCUACCCGAACAGUACACAGCACCCCGGGAUGAACUACAUGGCCGUAGCCAACAUGCAGGGCAAUGUCCCUAUGGUGCCGCAGUUUGACGUCAAUGCCUCCCAAGUGCCCAUGGUGCCACAAGUAGCGGUUCCCAUGAACCCUUCCACAUUCAACCCUGUCAACAGGUCACAAGAUAUGGCAAACGCCAUGAUGCACAUUCAAAACUUCCAGUCCCUUCUGCAAGAACUCCAGCCUGGAAGCCGAAGGGCCAGAAACGAUAGCCGCAAGUCGAAGACUAAUAUGGGCACGGGUAGGCAUUUGACUUUCGAAGACUUAAAGCGGCACAUGAACGUGGGCCUCAAGGAGGCAGCUGCACAGCUUGGGAUCUGUCCAACGACCCUGAAGCGUGCAUGCCGACGUAAUGGCAUCACCCGGUGGCCCUGCAGACAACUUGCAAAGCUGAACAAAACAAUGAGUGACCUGGGCCACAGGGGACCGCCGCCUGACAACGUACUGGCGUCAGCGUUCAGGGGCCAGCUGAAGACGAGCAGCCUAACUCGGGAGCUGAGCUCCGCUGAGCUGAGUGCUACGGGUGAGAAGGAUGCGGCCACUACACAAGGUGUGGACAUACAACAACAAGCACACAGAGAGAUUCCUGGAGGCCCUAGUUCUGCACCUGCUUGCUUGGAUCUUCUGGCAGAGUCAGAGGGCCAGCUGCUGGGCUCCAGCUCCUCCCAUGGAUUCCUCUCAACUGUGCUUGGAGAACAGGACUACGAGUGGGCAACAACCGGAGAUGAUGGCGAUGAUUACCUUAGGGCUGAAGACGACAACGAGGCGGGGCCCAGCAAUGCCAGUGGGCAGUCUGGUGGCGCUCUGGCUAGCAGCUCCACCCAUGAAACCAAGGUCCCUGUGCCCCUUCAGGCAACAUCUUCAGCAGCCACAGGUGGCGUUGCCAGCACAGCGGGUGCAUCGGAGCAGCAUGGCGUUGUGCAGCAUGGAUCGGCCUCUUUCGGGUCUGUGGACGUGACUGGCAGCGAUGCCCAGCAGCCAUCGAAUAUGCCUGAAGGUGGGCUGUCUCUGGCGGAUUUCCUUCGAGAGAGCUUUGAUGUCAACGAACUGGAUCGGCUAGACAUUGAUUCAGACAUGCCUGACCUUGGAGAAAUGGGUCAGGCAUCUUAA